AAACAUUGCAGUAACAAAUAAGACAUGUAUGAGUCCGGUUGGAGCGGCGGGUGAGAAGGGAACUGUUGAAGACCCUCAGACGGGAACACACCCUCAGAGAGGAGGUGUGAUGGCAGAGGAGCUGUCAACCUGGCAGGAGGUCUAUCAUUGCUGGUCUGUGUAUAUCAGACCCUACGGAGAUGGGUACUCGAGGGAGAGCACUCCAUUUGGAAGGAUUGAUUACCUCCUCAACAAUUUCACUGUUCUGUGGAGGGAACACGCAAGUACGGUUAGUCUAAGCGACGAGAACGACGGUAGACUUACCGUCAGCAUCAGUGAUGCUGUCAGUGAACUUGAAACUGUCAAGUUUACCAUCCAAACUAAGACUGCGUUACCGUCCUUCUCACAGCACCAGAUGUCAGUGAUACGGUGUCACGAGGAAUUCAUCUGGCUCCAUGACAUGCUCAGUGAGAAUCCAGAAUACGCUGGAUACAUUAUUCCUCCAGCACCCCCAAAGCCUGAUUUCGAGGAGGCACGGGACAAACUGACCAGAGUAACAGCUGCUGAGAAUACGAUGACCGAAGAAGAGUACAAGAAACUGAGAAAGGAACUUGAAAGCGAUUAUUUGGCGCUAUUCAAGAAAACGGUAGCCAUGCACGAAAUAUACCUUCUGAGAAUCGCAGCACACAAUAAACUACGGGAGGACAGUAACUUCAGGGUGUUCUUGGAAUAUGCGAAAGAUCUUAAAGUGCGCUCAAAGAACAAGAAGGAGAUAAUCGGUGGAUUCUUCAAAAGCAUGACAAAGAAUGUGGACGAGGCUCUACUUUCCGGACAAAAAGACAAAGACGAGUUUUUCAUCGAGAGGAGGACGUUUCUCGAGGACUACCAUCUGAGAAUCAAGGAAACUACCAAAAAGAGUGAAUCUCUUUCUGCUUCUACUAACGGGCUCAGUUUCGAUUAUAUGCAGGUAGCAGGUUGUCUAGCCCUCCUCUCCACAAGGGACCCCUCUCUACAGCGCUUCAUGGCUCAAAGUGCCAUUACAUUCGAGUCGCUCCAGAAACUACAAAAGAGAACAAGUACUGACGAAGAUUUGAAACUGACGGAUUUGUUCAAGUAUUAUCAAAGGGAAACUCAAGCUGCGAAGUCUUUACUUUACAGGAGAGGACGCGCGCUUGCUGACAAGGAAAUAGCCGAGGGGAAACUGGAACAAGCACAGAAGAAAUUUAAAGAUAUCCCCACAGCAGAGGCUUACGUUGAGGACUGUAAGAUCAGAUUUGAAUCGAUAUCAGAUAUGGCUAAGACGGAACUGGAUACGUUCAAGAAUCGCCGACUGGAAACAUACCGGAAACACCUGGUUGACAUGUCAGAACUUCAAAUUCGUCACUCUCAGUCCAUUAUCAGUGAGCUGACCAAGGGACUGGAAUUAUUAAAAGAUUUUUAGAAAAUUUGGUUUUAGUUUGCAAAAGCAGGACGUGUGAUCCGGAAAUUUUAAAACGAUUUCUUAUUUUGUGGUUAAUCGGGAUGAUGAUGAUGAUAAUAAUAAUAGCGAUUUGUCAAUUUUGUGACGACAAUAAAAAUGUAAAGUGUUGUGCAAUGUACAUUAUCAGAAUGGCAAAUUAAAAUGUUUGAUCUAUCAUUUUUACAUAUUGGGACCGUUCAUUUGAGUCCUCAAGAGAUUUCAACCUGCGUUAAUUGAUUCUAGUACAUUUUUAUGAUUUUUAAUUGGUAGAGUUACAUAGAAGUGUGAACAAUUUUCGUUUAACGUUAUCUGAAAUGGGCAUGGGUUACUAUUUUUGUUUCGAUUUCUUGACUGACUCUAUCUACAUAUUAGAUUAUUACCAUUAAGAAACAUAGCAUAACAUAGUUUAUGGUUGAAUUUUCAUUUUUGUAAUCCUACCAGGUAACUAAGUUAUGAUUUCCUCGUAAAUGCAGAACGCAAAACAAACAUACCCACAAAAUCUUUCUAUGUUUCAGUAAACAGGGUGGUAACACACAUUCUUAAAUAACACAGAUGGGUAUCAAUUUCUAAUUCCUCUUCCUAGGAUAAAUGUGAUAAAUCUCCUUCACAGUUCACAUAAUAUGUGAUUUUUACUUUUAACACUUAAUGUUUCUUGUAUCCGGUAUUUGUUCUGCACCUCGUAGAAACCAUUCAGGGACUGAUUUUUUCAUGCAGUCUUUAAAGUUUUAGUCUAAGAAUCAAACGCACUAAUGGAUAAUCGUUUUAGCAGUUAUAAUGUGUAAUUUUCACUUUCAAUAUUUGUUCGAACUUUAUACUUUCAUUACUUUACCUGUUAGAUAUUCGGAAAA